AGGCUCACUUGACCUCCAACACGUAGUUGCCUAGAAACUAACUAAGGAUCAUAGUUCAAAAAGAUGAUUGGGACUCAAAAUCUCAACCAUGAAAUUGAAGGCUUUUAAGAAACCCACUUGGUCACAAUUCACAAAAGCAUUUAAUCCUAAGGGACAAAUAAAAGGACAAGUGCAACAAUGUCAGACUAUGUUGUUUAAAUCUCUUCAUUUGAUCCUGAUCUUAGAUCUUGUCUCACAUAAAGCUCCAAUCCUUCUCUUAUCCAUUGCUUCCUUUGGUCACUGAGAUAAUAGACCAAUUCUGUCAUAUUGAAUCUAUAUGUGCUUUCACAGCUAACUUUGUUCCUGAAACAUGGCACAGCACUGAAGUCCAACUCAGAUUCAAGGUACACAGUACCAGCACGUCUCCAUAUUCUCUGAACUUGCAUGAAAACUAUACUGUUUCACUUUCCAAGGGUAUAUAUAAACUCAAGAUCUAUUGGAAGCAAAACCAAGAAGAAAUUGAUCUUAUUUACUUCAACUAUUUCCAUCCUUUAGGAUAUUGAUGUGAAAACAUAAGCUUUUAUAAAAUUAUUACCAAAAGAUGGUUAGAUCCUGUUGGAAACCUUCUGUAGAUGGUGAUGAUGGAGAUCAUGGAAGUGGAAGUGAGAGUGGGAGAGUUGAUGGCUUGCUAUGGUACAAGGAUUUGGGGAAUCAUCUUUAUGGGGAAUUCUCAAUGGCUGUGGUUCAAGCCAAUAGUUCCUUGGAGGAUAGAAGUGAACUUGAGUCUGGUCCCUUGAGUUCCAACCAUUUUGGUCCUCAAGGGACCUUUAUAGGUGUAUAUGAUGGCCAUGGUGGGGCUGAGGCUUCACAAUUUGUUAGUGAUAAUCUUUUCUUCAACCUCAAAAGGCUCGCAGGUGAACACCAAGGCAUUUCAGAAAAAGUGAUCAGCAAAGCAUUUUCAGCAACAGAGGCAGGUUUUCUAUCUCUUGUGAAGAAACAGUGGCUAAGUAAGCCACAUAUAGCAUCCACUGGUACUUGUUGUCUUGUGGGGAUAAUUUGCAAUGGCAUGCUUUAUGUUGCAAAUUCUGGUGACUCUAGGGUUGUGUUAGGAAGAGUAGAGAGGGCAACAAGGGAAACAUCAGCUGUGCAGUUAUCUACAGAACAUAAUGUUAACCAAGAAACAAUAAGAGAUGAACUUCAGUCAAAGCACCCCUAUGAUCCACAAAUCGUGGUUAUGAGACACAAUGUUUGGCGUGUGAAAGGCCUCAUACAGGUUUCAAGGUCCAUAGGUGAUGCAUAUUUGAAGAAAGCAGAAUUCAACAGGGAGCCUCUACCAUCAAAGUAUAGACUAGCUGAAACAUUCUUCAAGCCGAUACUUAGUAGUGAGCCAUCAAUAUCGUCACACAAACUCCAUCCCGAUGAUCAAUUUCUCAUAUUUGCAUCUGAUGGCUUAUGGGAGCAUCUCAGCAACCAAGAGGCUGUUAACAUAGUCACCAACAACUCACCUAAUGGAAUUGCCAGAAGACUUGUGAAAGCUGCGCUUCGAGAAGCAGCUAGGAAGAGAGAAAUGAGAUUUGCAGAUCUCCAAAAGAUUGAACAAGGAGUGAGGAGACACUUCCAUGAUGACAUAACGGUGAUUGUUGUGUUUCUAAAUCACAAAUUUACGGAUCAUAGCUCUCUCUGGGGUUCUCCACUUUCAAUCAAGGGAGGUGGGUCUGCCAAUUACUAGAUUGGUGCUGCUGAUCAUCCAAAAAUAGCAACUACUUAUAAAGGUAGACUAAAAUGAAACAAGUUUUAGAUCAUGACCAUGAUCUCCCUCCUCUGUUCUGUCCAUAUAUAUAGAUGUAAUCAUGUAAUUAUUGUUCAUGUUUCUUAAGACAAGAAUCUUUGGCCCCAGGUCAUAGUUCAAAGUCAGCAUUGCUGCUAAGCACGUCCUAGAAAAUGCAAAGCUCUGUCUGUC